AUGAGCGCAUCCAUCCCCAACAGCUCGCCCCGCCUCCAACGCUUCCAGCAAGCGCAAGAAUCCAUCUACGGCGACUUCAACUCCAUCCCAGACCCCAGCCAAUGGACCCCGCCUCCGAACUCAGGCGGCCAUCGCGGCCGAUACCUCUGGACCGACGCAUUCGGCGUGAUCAAUUUCCUCACACUGCACCGCGAAUACGAGGCCUUACUGCACCAGAACUCCUCCUCCUCCUCCGCACCAGAUGAUAGAUACCUAAUCCUCGCCCGGCGUCUCACCGAAACAGUGCACGACGUUCUCGGCCGCACACGCGACGGCCUCAACCGCCUCCCCGGCGCCACAGACACAAACCCGUUAGGCGGGGGCCUUCGGAUCGGAAAACCAGACGCGACGGGCCCGGACGCCGACGGCCAAUAUCACCAUUAUCUGACGGUGUGGAUGUUUGCGCUGAACCGCCUGUCCCUGGCGACCGGGGAUCCGACAUAUAACAGCCAAGCGGUGGCGUUGGCGCGGGCCAUCCAUCCGCGGUUUUUCGUGGAUCGCGAAUCGGCGCGGCCGCGUAUGGUGUGGAAGAUGGCGGUGGAUUUGUCGACGCCGUUGGUGGGCUCGGAGGGGAGUUUGGAUCCGGUCGAUGGGUAUGUUGUGUUUAAAUUGUUGCAGGCCGCGGCGGAGCAGGCUGGGGGAGGGGAGGUGUUGGCGGAUGAGAUUGCGGAUUAUAGGCGUGUGAUGCGUAGGAGGGGAGAGCAUUAUGUGUCUGGGGAUCCGCUGGAUCUGGGCAUGACGAUGUGGACGGUGCAUUGGUUUGAGGGGAAGGAGGAGUGGGCGACGAGGUUGGCGAGCCAGGCGGAUGAGCGGGUUGACGAACUGUUUGAAGUCGACUGCUACUUCGAGCGGAGCAUCAAGUCUCGUCUCGCAUUCCGCGAAUUCGGCACCUGUUUGGGUCUUCAGUGCAUUUCGGAGCAGUCGUCGGAGAAAGAGAGAGCCGUGGUUCUCAAGGCGCAUGCUGACUCCAUUCUGGACUUCUGGGAACCGUACAUGGAGCAGUCACUUGGGACGCCGGAGGAUCUGCGGCCGAUAACAAAGGUCAUGUAUGCAUCGGCGUUGUUGCCAGGAGCUUUUCGCCACGGAUAUCUAGGACCAGAGCCUGUCCUCAGCCGGGAAACGUAG